AUGAGGUGGUUAUCGACCGUCCUCACCAUUGGCCUAGCGGCCGAUGCCGUCGUAGCGAGUACCUGGUUCAGCAAAGCAGCCUACAACAAGUGGCAUGAAACUGAGCUUGAGCGAUGGCUCUCCGAUAAUGAAAUCCCUUACCCUACUCCAGCCGACCGCAAGGACCUUGAAAACCUGAUUCAAAAGAAUUGGGACUCCUAUGCCGUGUCCCCGUACAAAAAUUGGGAUGCCGACCAACUUUCAUCAUACUUGAAGUCAAAGGGCGUAGAGACGAAGGAGUCUGCGAAGUCGAACAAGGAUGCACUUGUCUCCCAGAUGUCCAGCGCCUGGUACGAGACAGAGGAUAAGGCCCAGACCGCUUGGACCAACGUUCAAUCAUGGAUAUUGGAUACAUGGACCGAUAGUUCCCUGAAGGGUUUUGCCGACAAGCACGGCAUCCCAGUCCCGCAACCUCGAACCCGUGAUACUCUCCUACAGAAGAUCCGAGCCAACUAUGAGACCAUAGCUAAGAAGGCCGGAGAGACUGCCGAGUAUCCUGGAGAUUGGCUAUAUGAAUCUUGGUCCGAAUCUGAUCUGAAAGAAUGGCUUGAUACCCAUGGAUUCCCUGCUCCUCAAGUUACUGACCGCAACCGCCUGAUUGCUCUGGUUCGCCGCAACUCGCGCCUUGCCUAUCUCAAGCUACAAGACCAGCAAGCUGCUGCCAAGGCCAAGGCCAGUUCCGCCUAUGCCACGCUUACUGACAAGGUUAUCGAUGCCUGGGGUGAGUCCCAACUGAAGGAAUUCUGUGAUAAGAAUGGCAUCAACGUUCCUCAAGGUACCAAGUUAAACGAGCUGCGUGCUAUCGUACGCAAGAACCGCGCCGAUAUCAUGGGCGAUAAUGUAUCCGCCUCAGCUGCUAGCGCUUUCGGUGCUGCCACCAGCAAGGCUGGUAACCAGUAUGCCAAGGCCACCGACGACGUCAGCCUUGCUGCCCAGGAAGCUUUCAACAAGGCAACCGAGUCAUGGUCAGAAAGCCGACUCAAGGCUUACUUGGAUGCACGUGGUGUUCCCAUCCAUCAAGGAUCUAAGACCGACGAGCUUCGUGCUUUAGUCCGCCGAAACUCUCACAAGGCUGCCCAUCCUUACAGCGCCUGGACUUGGGAUGACCUCUCUUACGACAACCUCAAGAAGUAUCUCGCUGAAAGUGGCAACGCCGCUGCUCAAAAGGUUGGCGACAGCAGUUCUGCUACGCGUGAUGACCUUCUAGAAGCCGCCCAAUCAGCUUAUUCGUCUGCGUCUAGCGCUGGUGGCGGUUCGUACGCCUCCGCUACGAGCUAUUUGGCUCAGGCCACCGAGGUAGCUAAGAAGAGCACGUUCAACACAUGGAGCGAAAGCGAACUUAAGGCUUACCUGGAUAGCUAUGGCAUCCCUGUUCCUCAAGGAUCUACUCUUAAUGAGCUGAAGGCCGAGGCCCGUAAACAGUCUACCUACUUCAAGUACGGCACUACGAACCCCGCCAGCACUGCCUUCGCUAAGGUUGAGGAAAAUGUCAAGGGCGCUUACCAAUGGGUCCUGAGCCAGCUCACCGCCGGGUCAGAAGUUGCUAAGAAAAAGGCUGCCGAGGCUAAGGAAGAGCUAUAA